GCGACACCACACCGUAGGAGACCGGGCCGAGCAAGACCAAACCGACCCAAGCUCUUCCUCUCCUCACACUCCGCGGCGAUUCCGGCCGCCGGCGCCGCGACGAUGCCGCCCAAGCGGAGGCAGGCCAAUCGCCGGGGAAGGCAGCGCAAGGACCCAUCCCCCGCCGCCGCCGACUCCACCAUCGAGGAGAACAGUGGCACCAAGGGCGAGGACGAGGAGAUGCCGCAGGCUUCCGCCCAUGUGGAGCAGAACGAGAACGGGGUUGAGCUCGCUGACCAAGAGACGCCGCCGCCACAGGCUCCUGCCGUGGAGAACAGCGUAGAGAAGGUCGACGAAGAGGCGCCACCGGCUUCUGCGGAGACAGGAGGCCGGCGCAGCUCGCUGAGGCCACGCAAGACUCCAGCUGUCAUCGAGCAGAAUAGCGACACAGAGGAUGAAGAGGAGAAGAUGCCACGGAAGGGUGGCAGGCGUGGACGGGGACGCGGACGCACACGUGGACGCGGACGGGGGAGGCUGGCCAAGAAUGUAGCUGCCGCUGAGGAGAAAGGUGAAGGGGAAGAGUUGCCAGAGGUUACUGCAAAGGUUUUGGUUUGUUAUAGCAGGCAGAGGGGACGCAGACGGGGGGCGCAGCCCAAGAAUCUAGCUGCCACCAAGGAGAACGGAGAGACGCAGGGAGAAGAGGAUGAGAUGCAGAAGGCUUAUGCCCAGGGGAACAGUGAGAGGAAGGGUGAAGAGGAAGAGUUACCACAGGGUGGCAUGAGUGGACGGGGACGCCGGCAGGGGAGGCAGCACAAGACUCUAGCUGAUGCUGAGGAGAACGAUGAGCACCCAGUCAAGGACGAGAUAAAUGAGGUUUCUACAGAGGAAAACAAUGUGAAAAUUGGAAAGGAAACGAUGCCACAGGCUUCUGCUGAGAGGGGAGGUAGGCGUGUACGUGGCCGUGGACGUGGACGAGGACAGGGGAAGGUUACGGUGCCCAAGGCUCCAGCUGCCUCUAAGGAGAACGGUGUGAAGGAGGGCAAGGAAGAGUUGACUUCAGCUCAGGAGAACGGCACAGAAGAGGCAAAUGAAAAACAAAGACCCAGAAGAAAGCGCAGUAGGGACCCUGUUGCUGACCCUUCUCUUGAUCCCCGGACCACACGGCUUAGGCAGAGGCGGACUGCUCCGGUGGUAGCUGAUGCACCUAAUAAGGUGGAAAAGGUGAAAAAGGUGAAAAAGGAUAGAAAAAAGAAAGAAUCAACUUCACAAAUGUGUCAUCAAUGCCAGAGGCAUGACUACGGAAGUGUUGUGCAGUGUCUAGGCUGCAAAGAUAGGGACCGUCUGAGGAGAUACUGCACGGCGUGCAUGACUCGCUGGUAUCCCCAUUUAACAGAAGACGACUUCGCGAAUAGUUGUCCAACUUGUCGCAAUAACUGCAACUGCAAGACUUGUCUGCGGAAAAAUAUAAUAAAUAAGGUUGACAAAUGGAAAAUAUCUGAUGAAGAUAAAAUUAAAUGCUCACUUCGGAUUGCACACUAUUUGCUCCCAUGGUUGAAAGACUUGUUCAAUGAGCAGAUGAAAGAGCGAAGAGUUGAGGCAACAAUUGAAGGCAUUGACACAUGCGAAGUGAAGAUUCCCAAAGUUAACUGUGAAGAAAAUGAGCGGAUAUACUGUAACAACUGCAGAACAUCUAUAGUGGACUUCCACAGAAGCUGCAAUAAAUGUUCCUAUGAUCUCUGCCUUAGCUGCUCCCGGGAGCUUCGUGAUGGACUUAGUCCUGGUGCUGCUGCAGCAAGUGGCAUGGUCCUUACACAACCUGGGGUAGAAGGCAAGGAAGGUUUGCAACAUGAAAGUAGCGAUGAUAAUGUUCCAAGUCAAAACCUUCCUAAUGGACAGGAUGAUGUGUUGAUGGUGAGUGCAGCUCCUGUUGAGGAUAGUGCUCCUGGUUUGAGACAAUGGAGGGUUAAUAGCAACGGAAGCAUACCUUGCCCACCAAUUGCACUUGGUGGUUGCGGAGACUGUAUUCUUGAACUUAAGUCGUUGUUGGAGGAGAGUGUUAUUUCUGACUUGCUGGAGAAUGCCAGUUCAGUUGUCAGCAAAGAAGGAAUGCUGGAGGUGGGAGGUUCAAAAUGCUCCUGCUUUACUGACUCUGGUGAGAUGAGCAAUGGGACGUCACAGAAAUUGGCUUGUAGAGAUAACUCAAGUGACAACUACAUAUAUUGCCCAAAUGCUAGAGACGUUCAGAAUGGAGCAUUAGAUCAUUUCCAGGAGCACUGGUUGAAGGGUCAGCCUGUUAUUGUUCGUGACGUGCUUGAGUUAACUUCUGGAUUGAGCUGGGAACCAAUGGUUAUGUGGCGAGCUUUAAGAGAAGUUAAAGACAAGGAUGAACAUGAGCGGCUUGUUGUUGAAGCUCUUGAGUGCCUGUUAUGGUCUGAGGUUGAAAUAAACAUUCACUUCUUUUUUAAUGGGUAUUCUCGUGGAGUUGUUAGUCCAGAGGGUUUGCCCAUGUUACUAAAGCUUAAAGAUUGGCCACAACACAGCUCAUUCGAGGAGCGACUGCCACGACAUGGUGCUGAGUUCAUGUCUGCUUUGCCAUUUCGUGAAUAUACUGAUCAUAAAUGUGGUCCUCUUAAUUUGGCUGUGAAGCUUCCAGAAAAAGUCAUAAAGCCAGACCUUGGUCCAAAAACUUACAUCGCGUAUGGCGUUGCCCAGGAAUUAGGAAUUGGUGAUUCUGUCACCAAGCUUCAUUGUGACAUGUCUGAUGCGGUCAAUAUCCUCACACAUACUGACGUAAUAAAGCUCAAACCAGAAAGGGUAACAGCGAUUGAGAAGAAGAAAAAGAGUUUGGCCAUAGAGGAAGACAACAGAAAUCUUCAAGCUUCACAAACAGAUCCUGAUUGUGAGUCGAUAGCUCUCAGUGAAUUAAUCAAUGUGCCAAGACCUGAAGGAUUUGGACUUAGCUCUAGCAUUCAGCAGCCAUUAUCUGAUGUUGUUUUAGAUGGGCGGAAGGGGGUUCACAAUGAUGUGGAAGCUGAUGGAAACUUUACUGUGGGGCAAUCGACCACUGAAGGUGAUGUGGAUCAUGUGGAUCUUUCCAUUUCCAAGGAGAAAACAGAAGGUAUAGUUGAUCAGAAGGAUAGGGUGGAUCAUGGUUCCAGCAGUGAAGAUAAAAGUGAAUCUCCAGAUAAUACAGAAGGAACCUCUGAACCUACUGGUGGUCAAAAACGCCGAAGGCAUGGCUGUCAGUCUUCUAACGCAUCAAAGAAAAAAAAGAAAACGACCACAGAAUAUAAGGUGCAAGGAACUUCCAUAUCUCUUGAGCCAAAAGACGAUGAUGUCCCAUUUGUAGAGGGUAACCAGCCAGAGGGUGGUGCAUUGUGGGACAUAUUCCGACGAGAAGAUGUCAGCAAACUACAAGAGUAUCUUCUGAAGCACUCAGAGGAGUUUAGGCAUUAUAAUUAUGAACCAGUGAAGCAGGUUAUUCAUCCUAUACAUGAUCAGUGCUUUUACCUAACAAAUGAACACAAGAGAAAGCUUAAAGAAGAAUAUGGAGUUGAGCCGUGGACAUUUGAACAGAACCUUGGUGAUGCAGUCUUUAUCCCUGCAGGAUGUCCCCACCAAGUCAGAAAUUUGAAGUCAUGUAUAAAGGUGGCACUUGACUUUGUUUCUCCGGAAAAUGUACAAGAGUGCAUCAGGCUGACAGAAGAAUUUCGUCUGCUUCCAAAAGGGCAUAGGGUGAAUGAAGAUAAGCUAGAGAUUAAGAAGAUAGCCUUUCAUGCAAUCAAAAAAGCCAUUGAGGAUAUCAACAAAAAGGGUGACAAGGAAAGAAGAGAUGACAACCAAGAUGGUGCAAAGUACAAAGCAAAAGCCAAAGUGGAAGGAAGAGGAACAGGAACAGGGAGAGGGAGGGGAAGGGAGAGGGGGAGAGGAAGAGGAAGAGGAAGAGGAAAAGGAAGAAAGAGAGCAACAUCGGAAGGACGUAGUGAUGAAGUUGAAGACCAACCUGGUCCAAGUGAACCUGCAGAGAUGGAAGAUGAUGAAAAACAAUCAGCUCAAGCCAUGUCUGGAGCUGAAGAUGAACCUGCUGAAAUAGAAGAGGGCCAGGAAAAAUCAGCUCUGUACAGGUCUGUAGUUGGAGAUGAACCUGCAGAAACGAAAGAACACCAAAAGGAAUCAGGUCAAGCCAUGUCUGAAGAUGAAGUUGAACCUGCAGAAAUGGAGGAGCCCCAAGUAAAGUCAGCUCAGGACUUGUCUGAAGUUAAAGAUGGAUCUGCGGAAAUGGAUGAACACAGAGGACAGUCACCUCGGGAUAUGUCUGAAGCUAAUGAAGAACCUGCAGAGAUGGAGGAUCACCAAAAACAAUCAGUUCAGGACAUGUGUGAAGUUACAGAUGGACCUGUAGAAGGGGAGGCGGAGCAACAAUCAGCUGAUUGGAUGCCUGAACGUGCAGAACUGGAGUGUCACCAAGAACAACAAACUGGUGGCAUGCCUGAAGGUAAAGAUCCUGCAGAGAUUGAGGGGCACCAAAAGCAACAAGGUGAUGAAGUUCAGGACGUGUCUGGAGAUAAAGGCGAACCUGCAGAAAUGGAAGAGCACCAAAAACAACCAGCUCUAGCCAUGUCUGAGGUUGAAGAUGGACCUACCGAGAUGGAGCAGCAAGAAGAUUCAGCUCAGGACAUGUCUGGGGGUAAAAACGAGCAUUUAGAAAUGGAUGAGCACAAAGAUAAUUCUGUUGAGGACAUGCCUGAAGCUAAAGAUGGACCUGUUGACAUGGAUGAGGACCAAGAACAAUCAGCUGAGGACAUGGUUGAAUUUGAAGAUAAGCCUGUAGAAAUGGAGGAGCCCCAAAAACAAUCAGCUCAAGCCAUGUCUCAGGUUGUAGAUGAAUCUGCAGAGAUGGAAGAUCACCAAGAACAAUCAGCUCAGGAUAUGCCUGAAGCUAAAGAUGGGCCUGUAGAAAUGAAGGAACUGAAAGAACUAUCUGCUCAGGAAAUGCCUGAAGCUAGAGACGGACCUGCUAAUAUGGAGCAAGGCCAAUCAGUUGAGGACACGUCUGAAUUGGAAGCUAAGCCUGUAAAAAUUGAGGAGCUUGAAGAACAAUUAGUUCAGGACAUGUGCGAAGCUAAAGAUGGUCUUGCAGAGGUGGAGGAGCGCCAAAAGCAACUAGCUGCUGGCUUGUCUGAAGCUAAAGAUGAGCCUGGAGAAACAGAGGAGCACCAGAAGCAACCAGCUGAGGCUAUGCCAACCAUGCCGUGAGUAGCAACGCCUAUCCUCUUCCACUAGAUUUUGCGCCCGUCACCCACCCUGAGAUUUCUGCGGCGUCAUACUUUGACUUAGACCGUAAUCUAUCUCUAGGACUUUAUUAUAUCUUAGCAUUUUGAAGGAGUGCAGUGACAAAAGAAUGUCGAGCUGUCUGACAAUAGAACCAGACAGCUAGCAGUCCCUGUGAAACCAAAUAUUUUGGACGUGGUAGUGGUGUGACAGCUUGUUGAUCUGUAACAUGUAAGGUGGAUUUACAUAUGAAGCAUGAUGUCAACCUCUGGUUAUCCUGUUCACAAGCCUAA